AUGUCACAAGGUGGCCAGUUCAUAAAGUAUGCCUUGUUGAACGUUACUCCUAUCCCGUUGCCUACUCUUGGAGACAGCCGCUCGGAGAUUUCUGUACCUUACUCACCUCAUCGGGUUAGGCGGCAGUUUGGGCAUGACCAAGGGGUACCAAGCAGUCCUAACCAUGCUGACCCCUUCGCGCUACACAGAGUCUUCUGGAGUAAUGACCUUGUGCUGGACAAUGGCGGGCCCUUUGUUUUAGCCAGCCGGGGAAGAGUUGGUGGUUUCCCGUCGGGUUACCAAGCCUAUUGGAACCGCUGCCUUGCCUCUUUUCGUGAGUUCCAAUCUUUUCCUGGAGACAGAUUGCCUCAUACAACAGCUCGCCUUGCAGGUUUAGUGUUGGAGGAGAAAGCCAUCCCUCUAAGCCAAAAACGCAACCUCCCCUUUAUUUCCAAAAGCGGUGACAUUGUUGGGGAAUUUCCCAAAGCGAGCCCAAAGCCUGGAACACAGAGUCCUUACAGUCCCGGGAACAAAGCAACACCAGUGUUUGGCAAACGAAAGCAAGAGGAGAAGCAAGAUAUAAGGAAGGGGCAGAUUGCUCUCAAAGCUAGAAAAUUUAUCCCAAAGGUGGCACCAAGUGGUCCUCCUCGAACUAAAGAAGAAACUCUUCCAGAGCGUCCGCAACCUUCGAAGCCUACUGCCUCCAAGAGCCAGGGCCGUGCUGGCAAGGUGCUGGAAAUUACCCCUCUUCGAAAAAUGGGUACCAGUCCAAAGAGGAAAAGAAGUGGCACAACCUCCGUGUCCCCACAUGCCGCUCCAAAACAUCGCAGCAUGCGUGUUUUGCAGGAAAGAUUUACUGGGGCUCGAACAAGCGAUAUCGAAGCCUCCGAAACUAGAACUGUGGUGACAAUUGAUGAUGAUAGUGAUGAUGGUGACACCACUGAGUCUGAGGCUAGCGUUCUGGAGCAAGAGGAUGUUGAUAACAUUGGUGACUUGCAUGAGGGUUCCGAUAAGAAUGACAACUAUGACCAUGAUGGGGUUGCAUUCGUACCUUUUGAUGAUUAUACAGAAGAACAAGGCAGCUCGAACACCUUUUCCGGAUCUGCGGGUAGCAGUGUGCGCCCUAUUGGUACUUGGCCUAUCCUAAAUUCUGUUCUCGUCUCCUUCUUUGCACCACAAGCUAUCUACUCACCACCCGUGCCUAUCUUGCAGGUUACCGAUAUUGCUGAGGACUCGAACCUUGUUAUGGCCAUCAUUGACCCUGCACAAAGUGCUCCUGAGAUUGGGCAUGUUGCCCAAAACAUGGAAAUUGUGCCCGUGGUGGCUCCCUCCUUCGACACCCUUGAUACAUUGGUUAAGGAAGCUCUUGCGGAGUCGUCUCCGACCAUUGAGAACUUUGUCUUCCGUCCUUACGGCACCUUGGUAGAGACCUUCACCUUUGUGCCCUUUUAUUCUGAUGUUAGUGAUACUGUUGAGGUUCCAGCAGCCAUGUCACAAGGCGGCCAAUUCAUAAAGUAUGCCUUGUUGAACGUUACUCCUAUCCCGUUGCCUACUCUUGGAGACAGCCGCUUGGAGAUUUCUGUACCUUACUCACCUCAUCGGGUUAGGCGACAGUUUGGGCUUGACCAAGGGGUACCAAGUAGUCCUAACCAUGCUGACUCCUUCGUGCUACACAGAGUCUUCUGGAAUAAUGACCAUGUGCCGGACAAUCGUGCUACACAGAGUCUUUCGGAGUAA